CUUACAUCAGCAAAAAGUAGCAAAACAAGAAAUGUGAAGGGCUGUUCUAGCAAAGAAAGAGACUCUUGCAGGUUCUCUAAAGGUAGGUAGAUGAAAACUACACUAUUAUAGUACAUACUCAUCAAAAAUCAGACAUAGCUAAAAGCCUCAAGCCUGAUCACGUGCAACUACGAUUGACAAUUUAUCACACUCAUGGCCCAAAAACAAGAAAGAGACUCUAAAAGAAAUGAGUGGUGAUACAGACAGAGGGUAUGUCAGCCCAAACUCUCUUAAACUGAAAGAUGUCUACACAGCACUAUAUGAUGCGACUGAUAAAUGGUUUAAUAUGGGCCUUCAACUUAACGUAGACCCAAAUGAUCUAAAACGGAUUUUAAAUGAGGGCACCCUCCAAAACAAUACAGAGAGACUGCGUGAGAUGCUCACUGCGAGGCUAGACCAAGGAGAUUUGACAUGGGAUCAGAUUACAGAGGCUCUAGAAAAUCCUACUGUUGGCAAAAAAGUUAUUGCCGAUAAAAUAACAAAGAAAUACAUCACACCACAACUUGCAACUACUACACUACCAGUAGAAGGAGCAAAUAGCAUGCCAGUAAUGUCCCCGGUAACUAGCACAGCAACAGGACUCACAACGGAGACUCACACUACAACUACCACCACUCCUACCAAUAUGCAAUUACAUGUGUCUAUGAAUUCCAAGCAACCUACCACUCCCAUUGCAAACACACCACAAGCCUCAAGCACAAAUAACAGUAUUACACCAGAAGCCAGUGGUACUCAGGAAAGAGGUCACUCCAGUACUGCUCAAAUGGGAAAGAAGAGGCCAACCAGCAGCACUUCACCAGAAGCGCUUCAAAACAGCAGAAUAUCAUGGUGAAGAAACGUUUGCCAAUAAAUGCAUUCAUUGUAAAAUACCGAAGAGUUUUUUUCGAUGCAAUUGUGGAAAAAAGGAAAUUGGAAAAGGUAAAGUAAGAUUUGAAGACAAUACUGGUCUAUCCUGUAGUGACUGCACAUACCAGGCUUGCACUAACUGUGGGAAAAUCAGCCAGUACAACUCUGAUAAGGUCACUAGCGGCAACAUACGCAUGCUAAAUGUGGUGGAACAAUAACUCUCACUAUUAACCGAGAAAACAAAAGCCAUGUUAAAAACGAGUGCACAAAGCGAAUGAGGCCAUGUAAAUACGUGUGGGCAGGUUGCACACACGAGGGAGCUGGAGAUGAGAUAGAACAACAUAAGAGAGAAGUCGGAGUACAUAACCUAGCUGCUAUUGACAAACUACACGAGCGUAUUGAAUCGAUCGAAGCCAAAUUGAAUGCUAAAACACUACAACCCUCACUACCUCGAGGAGUUGAAUAACUUCUAAUUGAACACUGUACUUGAGUUAACUUACAUGUAUUUGGAGACACAUUAGUUCAGUAUUGUAUAGUUAAUCACAUCAUUUAUCGUUUUUUGUAUAUACUAGGUUCCCCUCUUCUCUGAUUUUGAUUUACGACA